UCUAGAGAGUUCUUGGGGGCCUUUAGCUUUGUAGGAGAGUGAAAGGGAGAGACUCUUUCCUUCCCCUCUCUCUCUCUCUCUCUCGCUCUCUCGUUCCAUAAAAUUUUCUCUGAAAACCUUUUCUUUCACGGAAACAUAAGAAUAAAAAGGGAUUCCGUGUUGCAGUGUUUCCCACACAAAAGGUGUAAAUCCUAAGUCAUGCUUUAUAAAAAUUCUAGUAUUGAUAUGAAUGUUCAAUAUCAUAGGUGGGUUUAGCUUCGUUUCGAUUUUUCUAGGUUUCCUAGCUUUAAGUUUUCGUUGUUUUUGGUACCAUAAUUCGUCGACAAUACAAAGGACUGUUGGGUUUUGUUGGUAUUGAAUUGGUUUUUUGGGGGGGAGGGUUUGGGGUUUGAUUUUUUUUUGAAGAAUGGCAAGUGGAGGAGAGAAAAACAAUGAUUUUUAUGCAGUUUUGGGGUUGAAUAAGGAAUGCACUCCAACAGAGCUCAGGACUGCUUAUAAGAAACUUGCCCUGAGAUGGCACCCUGAUCGUUGCUCAGCCUCGGGUAAUUCAAAGUUCGUGGAAGAAGCCAAGAAAAAAUUCCAGACUAUUCAACAAGCUUAUUCCGUUCUCUCUGACGCAAAUAAGAGGUUUUUAUACGACGUUGGAGCUUAUGACAGUGAUGAUGACGAAAAUGGAAUGGGAGAUUUUUUGAACGAAAUGGCAGUGAUGAUGAGCCAGACUAAAUCUAAUAAGAAUGGAGAGGAGAGCUUUGAGGAAUUACAGGAAUUGUUUGAAGAAAUGUUCCAAGUGGACAUUGAUUCGUUCGGGUCUAAUGGUCGGCCGACCACGUCCUGUUCUUCUUCAUCUUCGUUUGCAUCGUACGGUGAAAGUUCUGGCUCCAACAAACGGAAUUCCGCUGAUAUGAGCUCUGGUGAGACUAUGCCGGAGAGUGGUUCUAGUUUCAAUGUACAAUUUCACGGCUUCUGUGUGGGAACAGGUGGAACACAAGGCAGAUAUGAGGCAACAGAGAGGAGCCAAAGGAGGAAUGGUAGGCGGAGUCGGCAGUAGUAGACGGAGAAAUGGCAGGAAACAAAAGGUUUCAUCCGGGCACGAUGUUUCUUCCAACGACUGCCGCAUUUCCGGUUCAUGAUAAACACCAUUUUUACUAAUUGAUGAAUGUAAAUUUAUCCUUGACUCAAAAACCAGUAGUGGCUGAGAUUUCCCUUCUUUUUGAGCGCCACGGAGAGUGCCAAAGCCGAAACUAGAGCAAGAAGAUUAGUUUUGUACGAGAGAAGCGUGAUGAAAAACCAAGGCACCAUUCGAGUCUGUGACAUUGUUUUCAUGGUUUACCAUUGUAGCUGUGUGAUAAAUCAUGGCAAUGCAUGUUCAUUUUAUAGCUUUGUUAUACUCUUUGCUAAAGUACUCUAUAUUUGCUAAUCAAUAGAUAAUCAAACAUUGGUCUUUAGCUCC